GAUAAGGCAAGAAAAUCAACAAUCUCCGACCUCCACCACCACCACCCAUCUAAUUCCAAAGACAGGCACUCAUAACAUCAUGUUCUGAUCUCAAACUUGCAAUCAAAGAUGAAGGCACUGAGGUUUCAGCUGCAUUUGAACCACCCAAAUGUCAGCAACCCAGGAGUUAAUUUCCCAAUAAUCAUCCCCAUGAAAGCCAAAUCCAAGCUUAUCUACCACCCCUCUUCACCACCCUCCAAAUCAUCCUCCAAUGUUUACAAUUCAAGAACUAAAAGAAUUACAACCCAUACAGACAAACCCCUCCUGCUAGAAGUCACAUCCCCCAAGUCGGAGAAAUUUUCAACAUGGGAUGAAUUGCCCGUACUAAUUUCAAAAGAGCAUUCAAGAAUGGUGAUAGUUGGGGCUAUGUCUUUAGGGGUUGCACUUUUCUUGAUGGGGUUUGAUGAUCACAAGGCGUUGGCUUUGGGGCCGGAAGGCCCAUUGGUGGAAGAAUUCUGGGACAAUAUGAGGAGAUAUGCACUCUAUGCAUUGACGGUGAGUACGGGUGCUAUUUACACUCUUUUGCAGCCUAUACUGGAGUUGCUGAAGAAUCCCAUCUCUGCAAUCCUCGUCCUGACCAUUAUUGGAGGUAGCAUUUUCAUUGUGUCUCAAGUGGUGACGGCUAUGGUUGGCUUGUCUGACUUUUCUUAUGAUUAUAACUAUUAGAGAGUGCUUUCAGACCGCGGGCUGCUGCUUGUUCUUCUUGUUCAUGUCUUUCUAAUAUGUCCGUACUGAUAUUACAUAAUCCAAUUAAAUUCCAAGCAAGCUAUAAAUUUAGCUUGAGCUCACUAAAAUACGUAUCGUCGAUUGGAUUUUUAUUUUCUAUCUUGCAAUUACACAAUAAUUGUACAUU